AUUUAUUCUUAGCGCAAGGCCGGAGGGUGCUCCGUGCUGCUCUUGGUUGCUAAGGAGACACUCUGGGCAGGUGAGAUGGUGAUGAUGUCAUUGUCUCAGUGACGUGGGGCGGUCCAGCCCUGGCUGCUGGGAGGCGUGGAGGAGCCAGAGUGGGCGUGGCGCUCGCGGUCAGACGGACAGACGGACGGACGGACGCUCCCCCUCCCCCUCCUCCUCCCCCCUCCCCGACGGUGCGGCGCUUCGCCAUGGUGACGCUCAUCACGGAGCAGCUGCAGAACCAGAGUCUGGACGAGCCGGCCUAUCACAGGGCUUUCUCUCUCAACCUGCCUGUGCCUGAAUCUCAGAGCCCCAGAAUCUGCUGGCCCACAUAUGGAUUGAUGCCAGAGGGUGGCUGUUGGCAGCUGUACACUUCUGCCAAACCCCCCCAGCAGGAUGAGCUGAAUCUCCCAGCAGGCCUGGCCCCCCUGGACGCCCCCGUCCCGGAUGGGGACGUCCUGCGCCGGCUCCUGGUCCCCAGCACCUCGGCGACGGACCUGUCCUUCGCGGGCGUGCCCCCCCCGCCCCCUCCCCCGCCCAAACGCCACUGCCGCUCGCUGUCGGUGCCGGAGGACCUGUCCCGCUGCCGGACGGCCUGGCGCCCCAGCGCCUCCAAAAUCUGGACCCCGGUGAAGCGGCGCAGCCACAGCGGGGGGGGCGCGGGGGGGUCCUGCCCUCUGCGCGCCCCCAGCUCCUCCCUCACCUCCUCGCUGCGCUCCUCCUCCAGCCCCACCUUCUUCAGCCUGGCCCUCUCCGCCGACUCCCCGUUGCCAUGGAGCUUCUCCGGGGGCGGAGACUGCUGCUGCUUCUUCCCUUGCCCCCCGUCCUCCUCCUGCUCCUCCUCCCCCUCCCCGCUCCGCCCGCCCCGCCCCCCGCAGCGCCGCUUCUCCCUGUCCCCCGUGCACAUCCACGAGGCCGCCGCCCACUUCCUGCCCCCGGCCCCGCCCCCAGCCCCUCUCUACCCCUCGGCCCCGCCCCUCGCGGCCGCGCCCCCCUCGCCCUCCUCCGCCUGCAGCACCCCGUGCUCGUCCCGCCGCGCCGUCCCGCCCCCGCUCCCGCGGUGCCACUCCCAGCCCUGCGACAUGCGCAAGCCGGUCCUGAAGAGGCGCCACGCCCCCGACACCCUGCCCUGCGCCCGGCCCGGCCUCGACUUCAGCAAGAUGAGCCAGACUCGGAGUGGGGACCCCCUGCCCCGUUUGGACCCAGCCUCGCCGGCCUGCGGGGGGGCCGUCUGCGGGGGCCUGGAGCUCGCUUCCGGGGAUUUCCGCGGGACCUUCUCACCGGCCGACGGGCUGGGACGGACAAGCAUCUGCCCUCUGAGCGAGAGCGAGGAAGACGAAGAGGAGGAGGAGGAGGAAGAGGAAGGGAGGAGGAAGAAGAGUGAGGUUGAGGGACCCCAGCAAUGUCUCUUUGAGCGGGACUGCACAGAACUGGACUUGACCCUCAUUGAGGAAAAUUAACACCACUGGCGGGACAGCUGCUCUCCCCACUAAACGCCACUUUCACCCCCCCACCCCCACCCCAAACCCUGCGGGAGCACUCUCAGGAACACAGCUGCCCUCCCCGGGGACUCAAAAUGGCGGCCCGCGAACGCAAAAACGAGGGCGGCGGCGGUGAUGAUGAUGAUGAAUUAGCGCUGGUCGCCACGGAAACUGUCCAUCCAGCAGAUUUACAUUCCAGAAGCCGGGGCCGGAUGCUGAAAGGCCUUCAACCCCCUUAAAUAAGCCUUCCUGCCCUUCAUGUGCUUUAGGGGGGGGGGGGUGUCCCCGGGGGGGUCCCCUAAGGCACUCUUCAACCAGUCAGUGAAGACUUGCCUGCAGCUGGCCGCUGGCUUUCCUGCUUCUCCUCUCCUUUACUUUCUCUCCUCUGUCCGCAGUGAACAUUUGCUUGCUCAGACGAUAAUGGAAUCUUGUGGGGAUUUUAUUUUUUUUGUUUGUCUUUGAUUUGACGCACAGAGGCAGCCGGAUCAGUUUGUAUCAACAGAAGCCUUAACAGAAAAAAGCCUGAUUUUUUUUUUUUCCUUUUCUUUUCAAACCAGCAAAUGAAAAUGGGGAGGAAAAGUCGAGCUGUAAUAAUGGUUCUGUUGGACCUUCAGCGAUGCUGUUAUUAAUCUGUAUGAUCUCUCAAAACUUUCUUAGUUUUAACGUUGAUCCUGAGAAAAGAAAAGACAAAAAAAGAAAGCAUCGUUUAAAAAAAGGGGGUUCAAAUGAAAACAUAGAUGCUGCAGUCGUAUUCUUUAGGGCACAAGUAAUAUUGUAUUGUACAGUGAUCAUUUGUUUAAAACUUUUUUUUCCUUCCUGUGUGAAGAAACCACUUGGAACUGGAGGGCGGUGGCCUUUGGGGUGAUUUCUAUUGUAUGUGUAACAAGGUGGCAAAUUUCCUCUUACACAAUUUGUGUACAAAUAAAAUUUAUUAGAGAUUAAUUUUACAAAAAAAGCA